AUGUUUUUCUCUUUCCUGUAUCCUCAUCUAUUUCUGUUCUUCUUUUUCCUUUCUUUUCCUCAUUUCUCUUUCUUUCUUUUCCUCAUUUCUCUUUCUUUCUUUUCCUCAUUUCUCUUUCUUUCUUUUCCUCAUUUCUCUUUCUUUCUUUUCCUCAUUUCUCUUUCUUUCUUUUCCUCAUUUCUCUUUCUUUCUUCUUACUUCUCCAUCUUUCUAAUCCUCUUACUUUCACCUAUUUACUAUAAAAGAUUUCUUUUUCUCUCUCCUUAUCCUUUUCUCUCUCUCUCUCACUUUAGUCAAUUUCUCUUUCAGCUUAUUUUUAUCCAUCUCCUUCUCUGUAGUCCGUUUCUCUCUCUCUCUCUCUCUGUAGUUCGUUUCUCUCUCUCUCUCUCUGUAGUUCGUUUCUCUCUCUCUCUCUCUGUAUUCGUUUCUCUCUCUCUCUCUCUCUGUAGUUCGUUUCUCUCUCUCUCUCUCUGUAGUUCGUUUCUCUCUCUCUCUCUCUCUGUAGUUCGUUUCUCUCUCUCUGUAGUUCGUUUCUCUCUCUCUCUCUCUGUAGUUCGUUUCUCUCUCUCUCUCUGUAGUUCAUUUCUCUCUCUCUCUGUAUUCGUUUCUCUCUCUCUCUCUCUGUGGUUCGUUUCUCUCUCUCUCUCUCUAUGUAGUUCAUUUCUCUCUCUCUCUCUCUGUUUCGUUUCUCUCUCUCUCUCUCUCUGUGUUCGUUUCUCUCUCUCUCUCUCUCUUCGUUUCUCUCUCUCUGUAGUUCAUUUCUCUCUCUCUCUCUCUCUCUGUAGUUCGUUUCUCUCUCUCUCUCUCUCUGUAGUUCGUUUCUCUCUCUCUCUCUCUCUCUCUGUAGUUCGUUUCUCUCUCUCUAUCCGCCUCUAUAUCUGUUUCUCUCUCUCUCUAUCCGCCUCUAUAGUCUGUUUCUCUCUCUCUAUCCGCCUCUGUAGCCCGUUUCUCUCUCUCUCCCUCUGUAGCCCGUUUCUCUCUCCGUCUCUCCCUCUCUCCGUCUCUCCCUCUCUCUCUUCCGUUUCUCUCUCUCUCUCCCUCUCUGUAGCCCGUUUCUCUCUCUCUCCCCUCUGUAGCCCGUUUCUCUCUCCGUCUCUCCCUCUCUCCCCCGUUUCUCUCUCUCUCUCCCUCUCUGUAGCCCGUUUCUCUCUCUCUCUCUCUCUCUCUGUAGCCCGUUUCUCUAUUUCUCUCCCUCUCUGUAGUUCUUAUUUCUCUCUCUCUCUUUCUUCCUUUUUUCUCUCUUUCCAUCUCUUUCUCUCUUUCCAUCUCUUUCUCUCUUUCCAUCUCUUUCUCUCUUUCCAUCUCUUUCUCUCUUUCCAUCUCUUUCUCUCUUUCCAUCUCUCUCUCAUUCUUUCCAUCUCUUUCUCUCUCUCUCUCAUUCUUUCCAUCUCUUUCUCUCUCUCUCUUAUUUUCUUUCUUUGCCAUGCACUGUUUUCCCCUUUUCCUCAUUUUUGUUUCUAA